UGAUCGGUAAACUGCUGGCUCGACUAGAAACCGGCUGGGCUCAGAUCACAGAAUGACACGCCGCUGUUUGGGCUCAAUGGCGAGAUAAAUACUGCAGCUUUCUCUUCUCCGAGGCACCACGCACCCACCUACCCGUCUGGCCGUCUCUGUCCAUCUCCGCAUCUUGUCUCCUCGCCGUGUUGACCUCCACCGGAGACUACCCUGCACGGCUGGAAUGGGGGGAGAGACGAUGAAUCUGAUCCUGUCCGGCGGCCGAGAAGAAGACGAUUUCUACGAAGACGGCGACGACGAUGACCACGGGGUUGCUGUGGUCGUCGGGUUCGAGCCGACGGAGGACGAGCUGAUGCUGCACUUCCUCCGCCCGCAGCUGCGCGGGUUCGCGCCGCGCGUGGCGGGCGCCGUGGUGGAGGCCGACCCCUGCGGCGCCGUGCCGUGGGAGCUCGUGGCGCGGCACGGGCGGCGCGACGAGGGGUUCUUCUUCUCGGCGCGCGCCCGCAAGAGGCCCUCCGUGCGGCGGACCGUCGCCGGCAGCGGCGGGGGAUCGUGGAUGCACAGCUCGACCAAGAACGGGCAGUCCGUGACCGACCUCGGCGUGGUGGUGCGGUGGUGCAGGGUCAACUUCUGCUUCUACGCGCGCGGCGACGCCGGGCAGCGGAGCACCGGGUGGGUGAUGGCCGAGUACGAGAUCACCGACCCGCGCUGCUACCGCCGCGCCGACGACGGCGAGGAGGACGACUUCUGGGUGCUCUGCCACGUCAGGAAGAGCUCCAGGUUCCCCGCCAAGAUCUCUCCGGCCAAACCACGCCGCCGCAAGCCCGCCGCCGCCGGAGAAGCUGCCCGGGCGUGAGUCGAUUCCCGGCGCACGUGAGAGCACGACCUUGCUUCGCUCUUGGAUCCGGACUAGAUUAUACCUUUUCUUUUUGCUUCGGGAUUUGUCUCUUUGCUUUCUUCCUCCUCCAGCAUCCGGUCUUGCAAAUUCCGUGCUGUGACGAACACUUCGAAUCAAAUGAGACAUUUAAGAUGCUGUACUAUGCUGGUAGACAGUGUGAUGAAUUCAUUAACUCUUUCUGCAGGUGGAGGUUUCACUCAAUUCUUAUACGACGCCACUGAGGGGUGUUCGU